AUGCAGCUAUUAUCCCUACUUUUCAAUUCUUUCGUCGCUGGCAUACUUUUGCUUCUCGGCACUGGCUGCUAUGUUAUUUACCAGUGCUUUUUGUCUCCUUUAGCCCGAAUUCCGGGACCUUUUUGGGCCAAGCUUACCAACUGGCAUCGGGCAUACCUCACCUACGAGGGACAAGCUCAUCGCAAGUACCUUGCGCUUCAUCGGAAGUAUGGUGCAGUGGUCCGCACAGGACCAAACGUGUUGAGCGUAGCGGACCCGACAGCGUUCAGGGAAAUAUAUAAGGCGGGAGGAAAAUUCGCCAAAUCCGCGUCAUAUAGCGUCCCAAAAGAGAUUCACGCCUUUGACCUCUUCCGCCAGCGGAACGAAAAGAUACAUGGCGAACAGAGAAAGCUCGUUGCACGUGCUUAUUCAAUGGAUUCGAUGGUUCAUCUCGAGCCCAAUGUCAGCUCCCUCCUCACGAGCAUGGUGCAAAAGCUGGACACCCUGUCCGGGGUUGUUGACCUUGGAGUAUUUCUGCAAUUGUUCGCAUUUGAUGUAAUCGGUGCAGUCAGUUUCUCACGCCCGUUUGGCUAUGUCACUGCCGGGGACGACGAUGGCGUGUUUUCUCGGCUCAAGCAAUCGUUGCGGUCAAUGUCCUGGCUCAUGAACGUACCCUGGUUCUACGAUCUUCAUCAAGUGCUCAAGCCAUUAAUUGGGAAUUGGUUGGCAGUCAAUGAUCGAAAUGGCUACUUCUACCAAUUUGCAGCUCAAGAGAUCGUCUCGCGGAAAGACCGGGGUGGUGAUGACCGAGAUAUCGUAAACCAGCUGUUUGCAAUUCAGAAGACCAAGCCUCAUUUUAGUGACACGGACAUGGCAUAUAUGUUGACUGCGAAUGUGUUUGCCGGCUCAGAUACGACGGCGACAUCGCUCAAUGCGAUAUUUUAUCUCCUCCUGAAAAAUCCGACCGUUUACCAGAGGCUGAUGCAAGAGUUGGAAGAGAAGAGAGCGGCCGGAGAGCUGAGUGAUCUGGUAACAUUCCAGCAAGCAGAAUCCUGUCCUUAUCUGCAGGCUGUGAUGUAUGAGGCGCUCCGACUGUAUCCUGCUGCUGGACUUCAUCUGAACCGUGAUGUCCCGGAGGGGGGUAUGAAGAUUGGGAAGUACUAUGUUCCAGAGGGCACGGUGGUCGGGUCAUCUGCGUGGGUAAUUCACCGCCUCCCCGAGAUAUGGGGUCCUGACUUUGAGGAAUUCCGUCCGGAGAGGUGGCUGGAAGGGGAUGUGGGAAAUCUCAAACGAUUCUAUUUCUCAUUUGGCGGUGGUUCCCGCACCUGCGUUGGAAGGAGUAAUUGGCUAGAGAUGUCAAAGCUCGUUCCCACCCUUCUUAUGCGCUACAACAUUCAAUUGGCACCGGGUGCUAAAGUGACGGAUGAGAGCGGAGGUUUAAUCUUUAUCAAAGGACUUAAUGUUCUCUUAAGUCCGCGACAGAGAGCAGUGGCGUGA